GCCUGACUGUUAUAAUCACCAACACUUACACAGAUACAACUAGCGAUUACACCCACUUAGCUCACUAAAAUAUCCCCACCAAACCACUUCAAGUGGCUGAUCAUUUAUUUAUAAUUAAUUUGUUGACAGAUUAAUUUAUAAGAGUUUAUAAAGUAAUCCAUUUAUAGGCGUCUUGACAGCUAGAGGGAGACAAUGGACAUCUGCCGAGAUAAAUCAAUGGACAUCUGCCGAGAUAAAGGGAGAAGGAAGAUCUAUCGAUAUUUGAGUGGUCAGAAAGUUGACUACAUACUGUGAGGUCAGAGUGGCAUAUAGCCUAUCAUUUAAAACAGGGGAGGGCAACUGUUAGGGUAGGCCACAUCUGGAUUUUGAAAUUAGUCGAGGGCCACAUUUGUUUUGUAAUUUGUUAAUCAUAAAUGAUUUGCAGGCCAGAAAGGGGCAGUGAUUAAAACAUUUAUAUAGUUAUACAUAAUUUAAAUCUGGGUCUAAAUAAAAUCCAGAUUCACAUUUAAAUAUAGAUUCACAUUUAAAUCCAGAUUCACAUCCAGAUUGGGUUGGUGAGUUCUUUUUUCCUUCUCCUCAAAACUAUUUUAUUACUUACCGCAGACUGGAUGGAAUUGCCUUUGUUUGCCCACCCCUGGUUUAGAGCAUAUGAUUAGUAAACCAAAAGGUUGCUAAAUAGAAUUCCUGAGCUUUCAAGGUAACACAUUUUUCCUGUCGUUGAGCAAAACUGUUAACCCAAAUUGCUCGUUGGGCGCCAAAUAAUAAGGCUUAGUUCUGUGAAAAUACUAUUUUGCAUAAUUGUAAGUAAUAACAUUCAUUAUAUUUAUUUAACAGGUGUUAAACCAUCUAAUUCAGGGUGGAAACAAUGGAUGAAGGAGCAGUCAAAGACAACGGAAAGGAUGUAUUUCCCUGCUUUUGGAGCUCAACAUUAAAAUGACAGACACUUAUAUUGCCCAGCUUUGAACACAGCCUGCACCCUAUUCCCAAGUUCCAGUGACGUUCUGCUUUCCCAGCCUCACAGAGAUGGACACAGAUGGUGUUGACACUAUAGAGUCCAUAUCAACCUCAUUGCCAAACACCCAGCCUUCAUCCAAUUCCCAAGACCCGGAUCCCUGCUAUAAUACCAGUUUUGACCCCUGCACCAGCUCCAGAUUGACAGAAGAUGCCAGCUCUCUCGAGCCCAUACCUGCUAACCUAAAAACUCAAACUGUGAACCACGUCCAUGACCCUGACCCACUGGUCUUAAUCCAUACCCCCAAGGGGCUUGUGCACCCCCAAUUUCCUUGUCACAAAGCGACACAUAGUGUAGGUCUUGGUGUCGUUGUCGACGUGAUGGAGCCAGUACUCUAUCACCCAAAUACCCAGGCUGACACCAUUGACCCUGACCCACAUGUCUUAAUCCAGUCUCCCCAGGAUAUUGUUUUUCCACUUGUUGAAGAGGUGCAAAGGAUUAACCAGAAAGGUGACUCCAUGGAGGACAAUGUGAUUGACCAUCUCUUUAACACGCAUGUCUUAACCAACCAGGGUCAGAAUCUGGUGACUGGACCCCUGCAGCACCAAUGCCAGAUUUGUGAGAAGGAGGGGUUAGAGACAAAACUAAAGAGUGACCCCCAUGGUGCUACACCACCUGUCGAUGCUUACUGGGCAUUAUGUAAGAGCUGUACAAAUAGAGAACAAGGGAUAGAGGGGGUUAGUUUAAAGCCCCCCGAGGAACAAAAUGACAGUACUAAAGAGUUGUGGCUAGACACAUGCCAGUACCAUACCCUGGCAGGUGAGGAAGAAGAGGAAGGGGCUAUUUCAGUCAGUGAUCAAGAGAGCUGUUAUCCUGUCGGAAGAAGGAGCGUCACAGAAUGCCUAGAUAACACAAAGGGGUCAGGUUUCCUCCAAGGAACAGAAGUAGCUAUUGGUCAGGGAGGCAGUGACUCAGACCAGUGGUUGUCGAUAGCACCUGUUGAAAGGUCUAUGUCCACUGACAGCUGGUACAGUGCACUCUCUGACUGGACUGUUAAAUUCACAGAAGAAGAUUUGCAGCCUGAGGACUUUACAGGCACUGCUGCACUCACAAAAGCUCAGGAGAAGGGUCAGGAGCAGGUAUAUCCACAAAUGCGUAUGGCCAUCCAAGACCAGGCAGUUGAACCCAAGUCCAGCCCGAAGACCCUUAACGUCCCUGGGCCAGUGGAGCUGCUAUUGUUAGGUAACCUCCAGGACAGGAAAGGACAAGAGGAAGGCACAGAGACAGAGUUCCUUGUUGGGUGUAUAUCAGCAGCAGAGCAGUGGGAUCCAGAGCCUGGAAGAGAGUCGGUGAUCACCGGGGAUGGCUGCCCUGCCAAGCCCAGGGACAAUCACUCAACAUUGGGGUCAUCAUCGGACACGCUUGCCUCUCCAACCACUAAAGUCUUAGGGCUGGAGAUGAAAAUGACUGAGGUGGCGCCUGCUCAUUUGUCCCUUUCCUUUUCCUCUGCUCUCUCCGGUGACUUGGCUACAGAAACUGCUCCUUUGGGGAAAGACCUGUUUGAAGAUAUUGACAUUAGCCAUAGGAAAGGCAGUUAUUUACAAGAGGACAGUGUUGACAGAUUGCAGAGUCAAAACCCCAUUGCAGAGCCACAAAUGUCAAAGCACGUUAAAGAUGCAUUGCGGAAGGUGACAGAAGACAGCAUCUGGCAGCCGUGUGGCUUAUUCAUGGAAGAGAAAGAUGAAGAAAAGACUUAUAGGACUGUGAAUAUCUCUGGUUACCCCUCCGGUAGCAAAGAUCCUGAGGUGGAUUGCAUGUUUGGUGGCAAAAAGAGACUUCAACAGAAGAAGGAGUUUCAACUCGUUACCCACUCUAACAGGUACACACAAGUGCUCGGAAACAGAGAUACACUAUCCCAAAACACUAAUGAGGAUGCACAUGUGUUGCCUAACCCACAGGACUUUCAUGGGAGAUCAAGUCAAGGGGGAAAUCCACAGUUCUUAAUGCCUGUAAUGGCUUUAGAUCCUCUGAGUCACAGUUUGGGCCAAUCUCUCUCCUGCCAUACAAACAGUGCCUUAGAGGGGGUCAACAUCCAAACCUGCACAAAGAACUCACUAUUCAAAAAUAAUAAGGGUCUGAGUUGUGUGUUUUUACAACCUAAAAUACCCCCACUGCCUGUUUUGCCCACCUGUUUCCGAAGGAUUAAUGAUAACAGGACAUCUACGGAAAACAAAGAAGAAAAUGUAUUUACAAUAAUGAAGAGUAAUAUAAGUUGUGAUAACAAAACAGCCGAGGAGCAGAUUAGAAAGUUGACCAGUUCCUCUGUUCGGAAUGUAAACCAAGACUUUCCCACAUCAUCGUCGCCAAGUGAGGCGUCAGCUGAGCAUUGGUCUCUGGACAGAAAGAAAAACAGUACGGUUCCUCAAGAGGUCAGCUUACUCAGUAAAGAAUUAUCUAAUUGUAUCAUUGUCACUAGUGAUCAUGUAAUGAUCUCAGAGAAGGAACGCAUUGCUUAUGUCACCCUAGACCAAAAGGUCCCUCUAGAUGCCAGGACAUCCUUGUUAAAACAAAUAGAGUCAGACAAAAAUAAGCAACCCAACAACUCUAUAACAGCGGACCUAAAGAGGGGCUCAAAGAUGCCUAAUAAAACCAGAACACACUCCAAAAAAGGAAAGUCACUGCUGGGCUCCAAACCACAAGAGAACAUACUGCUUGAUCCUGUACCUACAAUUGAGGAUGGUGACAAUGGAACUGUGGCAGUCAUGGAGACGGUCACCAGCACCAAAGCCCAUGGGAAGAAAAAGCACCCUGGGAAACACCCCCAGAAUACAACAGCCAAAGGCGAAGGAGUGGGGGUGCAGCCUCUAGUUGGGGUGGAGAAUGGGGCUAAACCAAAGGCUGCCACCAAAGGGAAAAUAGACAUUUUUGAGGCCAAAUUUGGACCCAAGGCUUGGAAAAUCAAAGAUAAGUCUACAGCAGCUAUUUCCUGUAAACAGGACAAUGUUCACUUGGACAGCAAGCAAGAACAGCUUCCAAUGAAAGAAGUAGCCACCAGUGUGGACAGCGCUACACCUCAUGAUGUGGUGUCAAAGGGCCUCCUGUCCACCACUCCUUUUGGUCAGAAGCUCAACGAUGACGUUAUCAAGCGGCGUCGUCUAUCUUUUGAUAAGUUAAGAAAACAGGAGGCUGAUGUUGACACAACUCGUAGGAAGGCCUACAGUGAAGUACUGAAACAAAGAACACAGCAAGCUCCAAAGGAAGUGCCCAGAGUGGUGCAGCCCAUUCAGGCAGUGUCUGUAAUUGAUGACCCUCAGAGCCUGGAUCUGUGGUGUCAGUUCACUGCAGUCUUUACUGACUACACUGUCACAUGGACCAGAGAGGGAGAUGUCCUGGCUGAGACCAAGAGAAGUGCUGGAGAUGAGAGGGGAGUGUCCCUCACCAUCACCAAGGCUUCCAAUAAAGAUCUGGGGAAGUAUAGUUGUAGACUCAUCUGUUCCCAUGGAUCUGUCGUCCUAGACUACCUCCUCACCUACGAGGUUCUAAGUGAAAUUGUGAUCCCUGCUACUCCCCAGAAAAGUACCACAGCUACUACUACUGAGAUGCUGGGUGAAGAGGAAGCCGUGAAUUGUUGCUGUCUGCUGUUCAAAGAGGACUUCUUGUCAGACCAGUAUUUUGGGGAGAACCAGUCAGCCAGUCUGGUGACUGAGAAGGAACAUUUUGGUGAGGGUAUGCACCGGAAAGCUUUCCGAACCCGGCUCCAGGCUGGAAUGGUGACGGUUUUCACCCAGAACCACCCGUGUGUUCUGAAAGUACACAAUGCCAUUAGCUACGGGACCAAGAAUAAUGAGGAGCUGGUUCAGAAAAAUUACAACUUGGCCGUGGAGGAGUGCCAUGUUCAGAAUACAGCUAGAGAGUACAUCAAGGCCUGGACAGCUGUGACCCAGACACAAGAUACCUUUGGAGAGGUUCCAGAGAUCAUUCCCAUAUACCUGGUCCACCGUCCGUCUAACGACAUCCCGUAUGCCACCCUUGAGGAGGAGCUGAUGGGCGAGUUCGUAAAGUACUCUGUCCGGGACGGGAAGGAGAUCAAUCUGAAGAGAAGAGAUUCUGAGGCAGGACAGAAGUGUUGUGCUUUCCAGCACUGGGUCUAUCAAAAUACUGAGGGUAACCUGCUCGUCACAGAUAUGCAAGGAGUUGGCAUGAGGUUAACAGAUGUCGGAAUAGCCACCUGUAAGAAAGGAUACAAGGGGUUUAAGGGAAACUGUGCCACGUCUUUCAUCGACCAAUUCAAAGCUUUGCAUCUGUGCAACAAAUACUGUGAGAUCCUUGGACUAAAAUCUUUACAGCCAAAACCUAAAAAGGCUGUUGGCCCCAAACCCAAGCCAACCCAAUCUGCUAUGAAGAAAAAGGCUUCCGGACCCACCCUGAAGAGCAAAUCCUGAUGAUAAACUGUGACCUAUAAAUAAUACGCAUUAUUAAUUUUGACUUAACAUUUGGUAACAUGUUUGUCACAUUGAAAUAUAGAUCUGUUUUGCGAGAGACACUUGAAAAUAGUUACAAUGUAAAAUAAAAAUGAUCUCAAAGAGAUCAAAACAACGAUGCUACCUGGGUAUCUGGUUAUCGGAUGGAUGAAGAUCGAUUUGUAUCUUGAACUUGUCAAUCAACUACUGUGUCUAGACUUUAUGCUGUGUCACGGAAUAGCUUGUCUCCUUCACUUAAAAAGGUUUCUCAUCUCGUUGGGCAGAAGUACUGUUCAAUAUAUCAUGGUACAGUAAACAUGUAUAUUUAUAAGGUAGGAAAGUUUGAGGCUAUGUUGUUUCUUUAAAUUGUGUUUUUAAAUUAUCAUUGAACAUAGCACUCUUUUGAUUCAAGAAUGUGUAUCAAACAUAAUAAUUAACUGUACAAUGAUAGAGUAUAUAGUCUGCUAGGAAAUGCAGAAAACACAUAUACAACACAAACACACACACAUAUAUAAAUAUAUAUGUACUGAAUAAGCAUAAGACUAGAAUAUAAUCUUUGUUAUUGAUUAGUGGAAAUGUAAAAAUGUGUGUGCAUGUGUGUAUAUAUAUAUAUAUAUAUUGUUCAUAAUUUAUGUAUUUGUUGAUGUGUUGACAUUAGAGGUUUUUCAGAUGAUAAAUGUAUCUACGGAAAUAUGUUUUUCAAUUUGAUACUGCAUUAUAUGUAACUGCUUUAGUAAAGCUAUUGAUUUAUGCUGAGAUUACAUUUUUGGUUCACAAAUACUAACAUAAAAGAUGCAAGGAUCAAUGUUCAGACCAUUUACAACUUGUUCUGUUACUUGAAACUAAAAUAAUAAAAGGUAAUUAAAGAGGCAAUUAGAAAAAAACAGGACCAGUCAGAGUACACUACUGCACCCCCAAAUAACUCCUUUUUACGUCCCCAGGCAGCUGUCUAAUCUAUUUGGCCCGGCCAGAAUGUCAGCUAUGCUACCGCUGCACUCUGCCUCCCACAGAGAAAGGUUAAGUAUCCGUGCCAUAUGGCCAUUUCUUCUC